GCAAUCCAAUCUGCUCAGUCAGGAUCCGCGCGUUCCGCGCUUCGAAGUGUGAGGUGCGGUUCAUGAUAUAACAACAUUUCAACACGAAGGCAUUAUUUAAGUACAUCAGGCUGACGUCUGUACUUAAGAGCAAUUUUAUUUUAAAAGACAAGGUGUAAUUGAAGCACGAAGGAGUAACUUUGAAGCAAACGAAGCGGUCUACAUUUAACCUCUAACCUCUCUAACACUGUGUAGAAUUUGAAUAGAAUUCAUAAAUAAUACAUAUCUAUCGCCGGGUAAAAAAAUGGCGUUCGCGUUGAAAGGAGUCAGUGGAAUAUUCCUGCGGCUCGCGGCUUUGAACGGCGGCUCGCGAAUAAGCCAGAAUUAUUUAAAUAUAUCACGGGUAUGUACUGUAAAGUUCUCUAUCAAAGCAGAUAUCCCACAAGUGGAAAAUAAAAAUGAGAAUGUCAUUAGAAAAGUACCAGUAGGAAAUGGCAAGGUGUUUAAAAGCAUAGAGGAAGCUGUUUCUGACAUACCCAACGGAGCCAAACUGUUGGUUGGUGGAUUUGGUCUUUGUGGUAUUCCAGAAAACUUGAUAUCGGGUGUACUCAAUAAAGGCUGCAAAGAUUUAACAGUGGUUUCAAACAAUGCUGGAGUGGAGGACUUUGGAUUAGGUAUACUGUUGAAAGCUCAUCGGAUCAAAAGGAUGAUUGCCUCCUAUGUGGGUGAGAAUCCAGAAUUUGAGAGGCAAUAUCUGAGUGGUCAAUUGGAGGUCGAAUUAACGCCACAGGGUACUUUGGCGGAGCGUAUUAGAGCUGGAGGCGCAGGUAUUCCAGCGUUUUACACUCCCACAGCUUUUGGUACUAUCGUACAGGAAGGGAAUGUGAUCGUCAAGUACGACAAGAAUGGUAACGCGGAGAUAUCGGGUGAAUCGAGGAAUGUGAGUCAAUUCGACGGACGAAACUACGUGAUGGAGGCCGCCAUCACCGGCGAUUUUGCGCUCGUGAAGGCAUACAAAGCCGAUACCGCGGGUAAUCUCAUCUUCCGGAAAUCCGCCAGGAACUUCAAUCCAGUGAUGUGCAAGGCGGCCAGAGUAUCGAUCGUUGAGGUGGAGGAGAUCGUAGAAAUUGGUCAGCUGGAUCCUGAUCACAUUCAUAUACCUGGCAUUUUUGUAGACAGAAUCGUGAAAGGCCCCUCUUUCGAAAAGCGUAUCGAGAGACGCUCGACCAAACAAACCGUAAAGCCGAAGAAGGUUACCCCGGCUGGCAAAGCGAGGGACAGAAUCAUUAGACGCGCUGCGCUCGAGUUUAAGGAUGGAAUGUACGCAAAUUUGGGAAUCGGCAUACCCGUGCUCGCCAGUAACUACAUUCCAAAGGGCGUGAAGGUCACGUUACAAUCAGAGAACGGUAUCCUUGGACUAGGUCCUUUCCCCGAUGAAAGCGAAGUUGACGCUGAUCUCAUCAACGCUGGGAAGGAAACCGUCACAGUUUUACCUGGUGCUUCUUUCUUCGGUAGUGAAGACAGUUUCGGCAUGAUUAGAGGUGGACACGUCGACCUGACUAUCCUCGGUGGCAUGCAAGUGUCGGAGAGUGGAGAUUUAGCCAACUGGAUGAUACCCGGCACAAUGGUGAAAGGCAUGGGCGGUGCCAUGGACCUCGUUUCCGCGGCGGGCACCAAGGUGGUUGUGACUAUGGAGCACAAAGCUCGGGACGGAAGUCCAAAGAUCUUGAAAAACUGCACCUUGCCUAUUACAGGCCAACAAUGCGUAGAUUUAAUUAUCACAGACAUGGGGGUGUUCGAGGUGGUGAAAGGAGAAGGAUUGAAACUUAUCGAGAUCGCCGCCAAUGUCGACAUCAGUGAGGUCGUUAGUUCGACAGGCUGUGAAUUUGCCGUCGCUGACGAUCUGAAGGAAAUGGGACAAGUGGAGGUCGACGAGUCGUAAAUUAUAAUAUAUCGGACAAAUUUUAAAUAA